CGCCGUCGUCGAGGCCGAUCAUGUUUCCGUGGAACAUCGCGAAGUCGGCCGAGGCGAUGUUCUCGCGGUGGGCCGUGAAGAGGGUGUGCAAGUUCUUUCUGAAGAAAAAGUUGGGGCAGUUCUUGUUGGGCGAGAUUGAUAUUGAUCAGCUUGAUGUUCAGCUUUCUGAAGGCACAAUUCAGCUCAAUGAUCUCGCGCUUAAUGUCGAUUUUCUCAAUAACAAGUUUGGUGCAGUAACAUCAAUACUAAUUAAAGAAGGUUCAAUCGGCUCUCUUUUGGUGAAAAUGCCUUGGAAGGGUAGAGGUUGUACGGUUGAAGUGGAUGAACUUGAGCUUGUUCUCGUUCCGAGCAAAGAGAAUUGUUCACCUUCCAUUUCUCAAACUCAUCACUCCUGUCAGGAUCAAGCACUUCCCGAUGACUUGGGCAAGCUUGAUUACAACAUGAUGGACAAUGCUGCAAAAUCUACUUCUGGGGACAUCCAUGAAGGUGUUAAGACAAUUGCAAAGAUGGUGAAAUGGUUCCUAACGAGUUUCAAUGUAAAGAUAAAAAAGGUGAUAAUUGCAUUCGAUCCGUGUUCAGAGAAGGAUGGAAACAAGCCAGAGUUUCACAGAACCUUGGUUCUUCGGAUUUCAGAAAUUGAAUGUGGCACUUGUGUUUCUGAAGACGCUAAUCCAAACCUUGAAGCAAAAGGCGAGAGCUUUCUUGGGGUAAGUCGACUAACAAACUUUGUCCAGUUUCAAGGAGUAGUACUUGAACUUCUUCACUUGGAUGAUGGUAACAAUAAGACAUGCUCUCCAUGUAUGUCGUCAAGUAUUACAACUCCAAUCAUGACUGGUAAGGGAGGUGGAUUUUCUGGGAACUUGAAAUUAAGUAUACCUUGGAAAAAUGGGUCUUUAGACAUCCGCAGAGUGGAUUCAGAAGUUUUCAUUGAUCCUAUAGAAAUUCAACUUCAGCCGAGCACAAUUAAAUGGCUUUUACACUCGUGGGAAGCUUUAAAGAGUUUCGAGAAGGAUGGAAGUGACCAUAUGAUUCACAAGGAAAUGGAUACCAGCCUCCUUAAUCCGGCAUCUCACUGCCUUCCAUCUAGACCUGUUUCAACUGCAAAUUCAACAAGCAAUGCAGUUCCUAUUUCUGGUGUUGUUUUAGAAAAAUCAUCUUCUAUAGCAGUGCAAGAUUCAUGUAAUGAAACCCUGCUAUCUGGACCACAUCUUAUAUCGGAUUGGGUGCCCAUAUCAACCAAUAAAAAUAAGAAUGUUGGUGUUGAAGAAGAGCUUGAUUUUGGGGCAAGCGUGGACCAGUUUUUUGAGUGUUUUGAUGGGAUGAGAAGUUCUCAAUCAGCAUUGGGGAACAGUGGGAUGUGGAACUGGACAUGUUCUGUUUUCAGUGCUAUUACUGCUGCAUCAAGCCUUGCUUCUGGAUCUUUAUAUAUUCCGUCUGAACAGCAGCAUGUUGAAACCAAUCUGAAGGCAAAUUUUUCUGGAGUUUCUGUAUUCUUGUCCUUCCAAGAUGAGGACCAGAAAUUUAUGUUUCAUGCUGAUGGUGAUCGGACUAGUGCUGGCUUAUAUGUUCCUUACCUAGGUGUAGAAUGCCAAGACAUUCUUCUCAUUGUGCAGGUAUGUCCUCAAGAAAUGAGGUAUGAAGGAACUAUCAAGUUCAUCGAGAUUGCUAAUUACUUGAGCUACAAAGGUGAUCCCAUAGAUUUGGGACAUGAAGAAAUUAACAGCCAAAAUCUUUAUAUUCGACAACUGCAAGCUGAUGUUCAAGGUGUUCUCCCGCCACUUGCCUCAUUGACUGAGGACUCGAAUGGAUCAACUGGUUUCAUUGCAAAAGAUUUUCCAUUUGGAAAGAAAAACAAUGUUGUCAAAGUCACAUUGCUUAAAACAUCAGGGGUCACUCAUUGGCAAUCCUCUGUGAAAUCAAGUUCAUCCGACGGGAGUCUAGUAAGACCAGUGGCAUCCUUUGAAGUAGAAUUAUCACCAUUUGUUUUCUGGGUGGACUUUUCCUUGAUAAGGUCGCUGUUAGAACUGAUGAAGUCAGUCUUAAAAUCUGUUGAGAAAAGCCAUGUAUUUUCUUUGAAAGUGUCUGAUAGGAAGCAUGGAUCUUCUCAUGGGGAUGCCAAAAGAGGUUCUAAUUCACGUAUUAUGACCUUGUCUUCAACAGAAAGUCUGCAAGGUAAUAUAUUGAUCAUGAACGCGAGGGUGAUCCUAUGUUUUCCAUUUAAGAGUGAUAAUGAUGUUAGAAGCUUUGCUUCCUGGAAUCAAUUCGUUGCUCUUGAUUUUCAUCUACCACUGAGUGGUAGUGGGGGAAUAGUUCGAGAAAUUGGUCCGGCUUCAGGUGCAACUACACCAAAGAGGUAUUCUGCAACAGCCACCCGUUCUUUACAUUUGAAGCUUAGCAAUAUUGAUGUUUUCUUGGUCUGUCCUGCAAGUAAAGAUAAUUCUGGAAUCAACUCUGGUAACAUAUGUGAGCAGAAGUUCUAUGCGGAGAACAUAUUGUCUGUCUCAAACAGAACAGGUUGUUUUUCAGUCAUUAGUAUGCUUUUGCAGGACGGUCAUGUGACUGGACCUUGGAUUGCAAAAAAGGCCAGGUUCAUUGCUACUUUUGAGGAAUCCAAGAGCAUUGAUAAUUUUGUGCGAAAAGAUUAUGAGUUUGCUUCUGUAUCUACCGUGAAUGAUAUGGAAGAUUUAAUCUCUGAAACUCGACAGGAGAUAAUGUUGAGUUCUACAACUUUUCUACACAUUUGUCUCUCUGCAACUACAAUAAAAUUGAGAAGUCUUCAAUAUAAGGCCUUAUACGGUCUUAUAGAUCAGAUUAUAUAUGGGUUAUCAAGUGUGGGUUUUGAUGAAUCCAUUGUUAAGGAAGCUUCUACUAUCUCUCAAACAUCUUUUCUUGUGGACUGCAGUGCAUUAGAAAUUGUGAUAAGCCUUGACGUAAAGGAGAAUGUCAAAGGCUCAACACAGACGGAACUUCCUGGAUCAUGGCAUCGUCUAAAACUGCAACUUCAGAAGUUCACAUUGAUGUCUGUCUCAAAUAUUGGAGGUAUUAAAGGUGCCAGCUUCUUUUGGCUAGCUCAUGCUGAAGGCAAAUUGUGGGGUUCCAUAACGGGUGUUCCUGAUGAAGAAUUUGUUCUGAUCUCAUGUAAUAACUCUACAUUGAAACGUGGUGAUGGAGGAGGUUCAAAUGCUCUGUCAUCUAGGUUGGCCGGUUCUGAUAUUGUGCACCUGUGGGAUCCUGAAAGUAACCAUGAUUUUACGUCUAUAAGUCUAAGAUGUGGCACAAUUGUUGCAGUUGGAGGUCGCUUAGAUUGGUUGGAUGCAAUAUUCUCAUUUUUCAACAUGCCUUCUACUGAAACUGAAAAGGCAGCCAAUGAGUCUAUGCAAAAAGGGGAUUCGGAUGUGUCUAGUGGAGCUUCUUUCGUUCUAAGUUUUGUUGAUAUUGGAUUGAGUUAUGAGCCAUAUGUAAAUAAUUUGAUUGUCAAACCUAACGUUUUGGAUUCUGAAUCCAGUCUUUCUCUUGUCAAUCAAGGGAGGGGUGAGGAAAAUGUUGCUUGCCUGCUGGCUGCAUCUUCCUUGAAUCUCUCAAACUCAACCUUGGCUAAUUCAACAGAAAAUGAAUAUAAAAUUAGACUUCAAGAUCUUGGACUUCUUAUUUGUGUAGUAUCAGAGUCCAAGAACGUUGGUGGCACUUACAAUGCGGAAUGUCUUCAUAAAAGUGGCUAUGCAAAGGUUGCUCGGGAGGCACUGGUUGAAGCAAUUUUGAGAACCAAUUGUGAGAGCGGACUUCUGUGGGAGGUAGAAUGUUCUAAAUCUCACAUCUACCUGGAAACUUGCCAUGACACGACUUCUGGUUUGAUUCGUUUGGGUGCUCAACUCCAACAGCUAUUUGCCCCUGACAUGGAGGAGUCAGUUGUGCACUUGCAGAAUAGAUGGGAUAGAGUUCGGCGAGAACAGGAGGGGGAAGUUUUAAGCGAGGCAACUCGACUCUGUACCAGUGAUUCUUCACCAUCAACUUCUGAAAUGUAUUCAAGUCUGGCCAUUCAGAAUGAACAUGGGUUGGUUGGCUUAAUGGAUGAGAUACAUGAAGAUGCAUUUCAAAUAGAUAGGAACCAGAUCUAUCAAUACGAUUCAUCUGGUACAAAAGUUCAUUUUCCAGUUGACGAAAACCUUCUUGGAGAACUGGGCACCUUAAGUAUUGCCACUCCUGAAGUUCUCUCUCAUGGUCUGCGUAUUGAUGGUUCAGUGUCCCCAGGACUGGACAGUUGUCAAACUUCUUCAUCAGAACAAAGUACCUUCCCAGAGUUCAUUGAGCGCUAUUGUUUUCCCGAGUUCCAGCCAUUUACAGAAGUAUCUGUUGGGCGACAAUCAUCAUAUGACAUUCUUAAAGAUAAAUAUAAUGAUGUCAGUGGAGGAGAUUUUGGAAGAGGAAAUAGUGGAUGGGACGGGGAUGCAUCCUUAAGAAUUGUAGAAGACCACAUUUCAGAUGUGAGAAAUGGGUGUAGCGCGGAGAAAUUUGAGGAAACUAAGCUUCCUCAUAUUGAAAGUACAGAAGCCAGCAAUGACAGAAAGGCCACAGGACGUGUACUUCUCAGAAACAUUGACGUCAGAUGGAGAAUGUUUGCUGGUUUUGAUUGGCAAGAUUGCAAAGAGAAUGUUCAGCAGUGUACGGAUAACAGUGGAAGGGAUACAACAGGGUGUCUAGAGCUUACACUUUCUCAGAUCAAAUGUCAGUAUGAGAUUUUUCCAAUCGGUGGAAUACAUGUUUCUAAGCUUUCUCUUUCAGUUCAAGAUUUCCAUCUUUAUGAUAUGAGGAGAGAUGCUCCUUGGAAACUGGUAUUAGGAUAUUAUGAUUCAAAGAAUCAUCCUCGGAAAUCCUCCUCAAAAGCAUUCAAACUGGAUUUGGAAGCCGUCAGACCUGAUCCUCUAAUACCUCUUGAAGAGUAUCGAUUACAAAUAGCGUUUCUCCCAAUGCGAUUGCAUCUUCAUCAGUCCCAACUUGAUUUUCUUAUCAGCUUUUUUGGUGCAAAAAGCUCACCAGUUGAUCAGUCCUCAGGUUGUCAUCAAGAUUCAGAUAUUUCACAAUCGAUGCCAAUCAAGAGUAACUUAGUUGCAGGGCAUAAUAUUGUGGAGGAGGCAUUACUUCCUUACUUUCAGAGCUUUGAUAUGUGGCCUAUUCUUGUUCGGGUUGACUAUAGUCCCUGUCGGCUUGAUCUAGCAGCAUUGAGGGGUGGGAAGUAUGUGGAGCUUGUUAAUCUUGUUCCUUGGAAGGGAGUUGAGCUGAACCUAAAGCAUGUUCAUGACGUUGGUAUAUAUGGCUGGGACAGUGUAUGUGAAACAAUUUUAGGGGAGUGGUUGGAAGAUAUUUCUCAAAACCAGGUACAUAAAAUAUUGCGAGGUCUUCCUCCCAUCCGUUCAGUGGUUGCUCUUGGUGCUGGUGCUGCGAAGCUGGUCUCUUUGCCCUUCGAGAACUACCGGAAGGAUAAGAGAGUACUCAAGGGAAUGCAAAGAGGUAUAAGUGCAUUUCUUAGAAGCAUUUCAGUUGAAGCUGUUGGACUUGGAGUACAUUUGGCAGCUGGGGCUCAUGAUAUUUUGCUUCAAGCAGAAUAUAUAUUUACAAACACAGCUCCUACUGUACCACGGCCAAUAUCGAGUAAAAUAAAACCAAAUGUUAGAUCUAAUCAGCCAAAGGAUGCUCAACAAGGAAUUCAGCAGGCUUAUGAGAGCCUGAGCAACGGCCUGGAAAAAUCUGCUUCUGCCCUAGUUCAGACACCAUUGAAAAAGUACCAGCGGGGAGCUGGUGCAGGCUCGGCUUUAGCAGCUGCUGUUCGAGCGGUUCCUGCUGCUGCUAUAGCUCCAGCUUCUGCAUGUGCAGGCGCCGUACAUUAUACUCUUCUUGGAUUCAGAAAUAGCCUUGAUCCUGAGCGCAAGAAAGAAUCAAUGGAGAAAUAUUUGGGUCCCACUCAGCCAUGGGAACAAAAAUGAUGGAGAUGACAUCCAUUACUGGAAGUCAACAAGAAAAUCUUUCUUUCCCGAACAAUGUGGGGGGGUGUUGGUGUUGUUCUUAGUGAACCCCAUCUGUUGGCACGCUAGAGCUUAUGUACCACGUGUGCAGUACCUGGACCUUUCACUUGAUUCUUUUCCGUUGGAACAUGAUAAGGCGGUAAUUUUGUACAAAAUUGUAGAUAUCUGGGGGUGCAUAUGAAAAUUCUUACCCACACUGACGUUUGACGAGCCUUUUAGGUGACGGAAGAAAGUGACGUUUUCACAUCGUCCACAAGUAGUGGGAAUUGCUCAAACUUUUGUUACUAUUCACACACGCUGGAUUCAGGAAUUCUUUGUUUUGGGUAGGAAAAAAAACAGAGUAUUUUGUGUUCUGUGUCAUGGAAUUCUACGAAAUGCAUUGCUUCAUGCUGACACGAGCUAACGAGGACCCAAGCGAGCUCUUAAAUUUGUUGGCAUUGUUGUUGUAGGGAACACUCUAGUCAAGUACAUAGUUUGUUAAUUUAAAUUUAAUAAGCUAAUAAUCUCGAACGUGCUUUCAUAUGCUUGGAGCUUUUGUAUUGAUUAGGAACUACAUUGUUGUAUGUUGUUUGAGGUCUUUGCACGCACGAAUGCACAUGCAUACAACAAAAGAAUCUCAUCUAUUCUUCUCUCAAACAUUCCGAAAAUUGUGGGCCAGUUCAAAACUUGAGGUCACUGAGGAGUUCUGGGUUUUCC